AUGCUCUUCAUCUCCUCCCUCCUCCUCGCAUCCCUCGCGGCAGCAGCACCAACAUCCCUCCUCCCUCGCGCGCAAACAUGCUACUCCGGCGUCUACAUCAUCGCAGCCCGCGGCUCAACCGAAGCAAUGGGUGAAGGCAAGACCGCAACAGUAGUCUCCAUGAUCAAGGCCCAGAUCCCAGACUCCGGUGACGUUGCCGUGGUCUACCCAGCUACGUUGACCAAUUACGCUUCCUCAGUCACAGCAGGCAUCACCGACACCAAGAACAAAAUUCAAUCCUACGUCUCCGCCUGCGGCAGCAAAAGCCGCAUUGUCCUGGUAGGUCUCAGUCAAGGCGGACAAGUCAUGACCGAUACUCUCGUAGGCGGCGUCGAUAAGCCCGCCCCUCUCGACUCCUCGUACAAGAAAUACAUCACCGCCGUCACAGUCUUUGGCGACCCGACUUUCACGGCAAAUCAGAGUUUCAAUCGAGGGACGUCAACGAAGGAUGGGGUGUUUAGAAGGGCAGAGAAUGGGGCUAGUCUGGCGUUGUUGAAAACGUAUGCGAGUGUGUUAAGGAGUUAUUGUGAUGCGGAUGAUGAGGUUUGUGCGAGUGGGGAUAGUUUGAGUGUGCAUUCGGCGGAGGUGGGGAGUCAUGCGAAGGAGGCGACGGCGUUUGUUGUUGGCAACAGCGGCAUAGGCCAGUCCCUAAUUCACCAACUCCUCGCCGACAAAAAAUCCCACCACAUCCUCCUCGGCAGCCGCUCAGCAGAAAAAGGCGCCAAAGCAGUCCAAGACCUCCAAGCCCAAAACCAGCCCGGCACAGUCGAGCUCCUGCAAGUAGACGUCAGCUCAUACGACAGUAUCCAACAAGCCGCAAAAAAAGUCGCAUCCUCCCAUGGAUACCUCACUGCGCUGGUGAACAACGCAGCCGUAGCGUCGUUUCCAGAUGACACACCGUUACAUGAACAGAUGGAUGCCUGCUUCCGCACAAACGCUACCGGCGUGCAAAUGAUGGGCGAUGCAUUCGGGCCCUUACUCGAGAAGGCUCCAAACGGAGUUACGGCGAGAAUUGUGAACGUCUCCUCGGGGGCUGGAUCGAUUACAAGUCGGCUGAACAAAGACUCCCCAGUUUAUAAGAUGUCUGCGAUUCAUUACCGCGCGAGUAAAGCGGCGAUGAACAUGGUGACCGCGAACCAAGCUGUGGAGUUUGGGGAGAAGGGGAUGAAGGUUGUUGCGUUUUGUCCGGGGUUUACGGGGAGUAAUUUGAGUGGGAUGAAUACAGCAGAGAGUGGUGCGAAGCCGACUUCUGAGGGGACGAGGCCGCUUGUGGAGAUUUUGGAGGGGAAGAGGGAUGAGGAGCAUGCGGGUUUUUUGCAUGGGACUGGGCAGUAUGGGUGGUAG